GACAGGAGGGGGGAGAGAGAGAGCGGGAGGGGGGCGGAGGGGUUGUUCAGCCUGUGAUACAGCGACCGAGAAGCCUAGUUUCCUGCAGCUGUUUUCUGUGAGAAAGGGAACGAGGGAGGAGAGGAGGGAGAGAGCGAGAGCGCGAGAGAGAGAGAGAGAGAGAGAAAGCCACCUCACCAAACACUGAAGACGGGCCAAAAGGAGGGAGGAACGGAGAAAAAAAAGCGAAACCUCGGAAAAGUGUGUGAGAGAGACAGAAGGAGGGAAGAGACUGACCACAGCAGGAAAAGAAGGGAGAGGACACAGAGAGCAGAGGACGGAGAGAAGAGACAACAGGAGCUGAAAAACGAAACUUUCUAAGCCAACAACCCCCCGGAGGACACUCAGAGGGGAAGACUUUGGGUGUCCACCAUGUCCACUCCCCCGCCUGAGAAUGGCCCAGAGGACGUCAACCGCCGCAGCUUCUGGAUGCCGGGAAACUACCACAGUACGGUGAAGCGCACGGAGAAUGCCUUCCUGGCGUGUAACGACAUGAUGGCGUGCUUCCAGGAGAGGGCCCGCGUGGAGCGGCAGUAUGCCCAGCAGCUCAGCGAGUGGAGCAUUAAGUGGAAGCCCCUAGUGGACGCAAGUCCAUUGUAUGGAUCCCUCUUGCAGGCAUGGCAGUGUUUUCUCUCCUCAGCUGACCGCAUUGCGGCUCUGCACUCCUCCAUCUGUCGCUCUCUCGUUUCCGAAGACGGGGACCGGGUCCGCACCUGGCAGAAAGACUCCUUCCACAAGAAGUUGUUUGGAGGCUUCAAAGAGUCCCAGGACUUUGAGACAGGUUUCGCACGUGCUCAGAAGCCCUGGGCCAAAAAGCUGAAAAAGGUGAGGACUGUUAGCCAAAGGUGCUAAAUGUCUCCUAAUUAC